UUCCUGAAAGACAAUAUUAUAUGUCCAAUAUGCCUUGAGGUGUUCAGAAACCCCGUCACCACCGCCUGCGGGCACAACUUCUGCAUCGACUGUUUGCAAGACUACUGGGACCACCAGGUCCUGAUUGGGGAGUGCCCCUACUGCCCCCAGUGCCGGGAGCCCUUCAGCUCAAGGCCUCAGCUCCGCAAGAACAUCACCUUGGGAGAGAUCGCCAUGAAGUUUGUUCGCGAGGAGGCCCAGGUGUCCAGGAAGCCGGCCAGCUCGAAGGACGUCCCCUGCGACUUCUGUGCCACCAGGAAGUUCAAAGCCGUCAAGUCCUGCCUGCAGUGCAUGGCCGCCUUGUGCGACAACCACAUCCGAUCCCACUACGAAGACAAGACCUUCAAGAACCAUCAGCUGGUUGAUCCACUCAGCGACCUGAAGGCCAACAUCUGCCUGAAACAUCGCAGGCUGCUGGAGCUAUUCUGCAAAAUAGAAGGAAAAUUCAUUUGCCAAACCUGCAUCCGGGAGGAGCACAAGAACCAUGAAGCCGUCUCUCUCAAAGAUGAGAGAGUCAAGGCCGAAGUGGAGGUCAGGCAAAUACAUGCCAAUGUGGGAAACCAGAUCUUCAUGUUGGUUGCAGACAGUCACAAACACAGAGGGAGAGUGAAUUACCUUGAGAAAGUGGUCAAAGCAGCUAGAGAUGAAGUGAAUCGGGCCUUUGCUGAUGUGCUCAAAGAGGUCAAGCGACAACAGACUAAAGUGAUGGACUUCAUAGACCAGGAAGAAAAAUCCGCCUUGGUUGGAAUGGGGAAUUCCAUUCAGCACAGGCAAGAUCAGCUGGCCAAUCUCAGGAGGCAAAACCUCUGGCUGGCGACACUGAUUGACGAAUCAAGUGACUAUCGGUUCCUCCAGGACUUCCCCAAAACUAAGAAAAUGUCUGGUUGUAUAGAAGCUUUGAUCGGUCUGAAAUGUGAGGAACCCACCAGUUUCGUAGGGCUUAAGCAGACGCUCACUGACUUGAAAUCCCAGAUAUCCAUGAUUGGGCUGUGCUUUAUUAACAAAGUGCUUCAGAAAGGGAUCACAAUGGUGCCCUAUCAAGUGAUACCAGCACCCUCAGAUCGGAGGAGCCUUCUAAAGUAUUAUUGUACCCUAAAUUUUGAUGCCAGCACUGCCAACGAAGAACUUUUCCUCUUUAAGGAGACCCACUCUGUGCUGAACAUGGGGAUCUUGCUGGAGAACUACUCAAAACCCAGCCAAGGGUUCAACCACUGGCCACAGCUUUUGUGCACCCGCAGCCUGUGCGAGGGCUGCCACUACUGGGAGGCAGAGAUCUCAAAUACGUGGCUGUGCUUAGGAGUCACCUAUAGUUACAGGCACCGCACCGAGAAGUCAUGUAUGUUUUAUCUGAUUGGGAGGAACAGCAAUUCCUGGUGCUUGGAAUGGGACUCUGUGAAGUUCUCUGUCUGGCAUAACAAUAUCCAGACAGUGGUGCAAGGCAAUUACUACAAGACCAUAGGGAUCUUGCUCGACUACACUGGUGGCUCCUUGACAUUUUAUGGCAUCACCAAUACCAUGAACCUCAUCUACAGUUUCCUGACCACAUUCACUGAGCCAUUAUACCCAGCUGCCAUGGUAAGCAGUGGGGCAUCUGUUACUUUGAGACAGCUAAAAGAGUAAGGCCAAAUCACUAAAAAGAACAAGAAAAAACCAACACAAAUUGAAACCUCAGAUUCUUUCUUAAAGGCCAAUUGCUGUUGCUCAUAAAAUUAACUUUUAUCUCA